UCCUUUAAGGCACAUUGUUUAGUAGCCUGAGCAACAUGGACUAAAGGAAGAGAGAGAAAUAAGAGGAGGGAGGCAAAGAGAAGGAGGGAAAAAAAGAGAUGAGAGAAAAGAAAGAGAUGGACAUGGAGAAUAUGGAGAGUAAGAGGAUUGAGGGGGGGGGUUGUGCGUACCAGUCGGUGCAGUGUGUGAAAUGUGAACUGUGGCGUGCAUGUGUGUGUGUGUGUGUGUGUGUGCAGGGGAGGAUCCUCUAACUCUUAAAGCCGGGUCAGAAGGAGAGAUCGGCAGAGCUGAGAGAGCGAGGCACUGAAGAGGGAACACACACACUUUAACUGAGUCUUAACACACAUACACACUCAUACAAAGACAAGUAGCCUAUUGUGAACACACACAGACACACACUCUGUUGUUGAUCACAAUCACUUUGCUGGACUGACCACUCAAGGAUACAUCCCUCAGGACCCUGUUUCCCAUCAUGCACCAGUGGAGCCUCUCUGAGCUCCAGGGGGUCUCCUCCACCCAGGGGGGGGCCUCGACCCUACGGACUGCCCGAGAUGGAGCCUCCGUCCAGGCCACAGCUCCCAGCUCCAGGCCAAGGAGGGGGUCCAGCCGCCGCUGCCUCUGCCCGACGAGGGGAGCUCCUCUCUGGACAUGGCUACUGCUGGUGGCCCUGGUGGUUCCUGGAGCCUGGAGCUUUCUGAGCGAGGAGCAGGAGGAGCUGCUUGUGGAGCUUCAUAACCAUUACAGAGGACAGGUUUCACCCAGCGCCUCAGCCAUGAUGCCUCUGAAAUGGGACACGAGCCUGAAGGUGAUCGCAGAAGGUUACGCCGCUAAAUGUAUCUGGAACCACAACCCUGAACUGGAGGACACCGGAGAGAAUUUGUUCGCCGGCACUGGGCCUCUGGACCUGCGAGUGGCUCUGGAGAAAUGGUUUCUGGAACGUCUGGACUAUGACUACCAGAACAACAGCUGUGAUGAAGAUAAGAUGUGUGGACACUAUACACAGAUGGUGUGGGCAGACACACACAGAGUCGGCUGUGCCUUCCAUGUCUGUAACAAUAUGGAAGGACUGGAGUGGGAGAGAGUCACCUUCCUGGUCUGCAACUACUACCCAGCAGGAAACUAUGAAGAGGAGAGGCCAUAUGUUGAAGGUGACUGGUGCUCCAAAUGUCCUGAUAACCUCCAGAAAUGUGAAAACAACCUCUGUGUUGCUGACAGGGAGGAGGACGAAGAUGAAGAGGACGAGGAUGAGGAUGAGGAUGAGGAUAUGACAGUUUUUCCUCCUCUUGCAACAUCUGAUCCCUCCGCCCCGCCUAAAGGGGAGGGGGAGGAGGAGGGGGAGGAGGAGGAGGGUCCAUCUCCAACCACUGAUUCUUCCCUCCAGCCGGUCAUCACCACACUCUCCUCACAGGACUCUGAGGACUUCUCACAACCAGCCACCCCUGCCGCAGGCACCCACCAUCCCAAAAUCCUCCCAACAAAACAGGGACAGGAGGAGGAAAAGAUGAAGGAGGAGGAGGAGGAGGAGGAGGUGGUGGAUGAGACGAAAGAAACUACAGAUAAGAAGGAGGGAGAAAGGGAGAAAGAUGUAGCAAGAAAACCAAACAGGAACAUAGAAACUAGUGGUGGUUCAGUAUCUUCACCUUCUCUGCUUUUAGCCUGUCUUACUGGGAUGCUAACUCUGAGGCUGUGAGGAGGAGGAGGAGGAGGAGGAGGAGGAGGAGGAGGAGGGAGUACAAGAAGAGGAGACAAUAAGAUCACUUCACCUCAUCACUCUUGCGUUGACUGCACAUUACCUUCUUAAUCCGCCCUGUGGUAACAAACACUUUCUCAUCUAUCCCCCUGUAGAGCAAAAUGGGUCAAUGAAUAAUUCAGCUGCUGUUUUCACAACAUCUGCAUGUAGUCUGGGGCCGAGAUCUGGGUCAAAUAAUGUGUGCAUAACCUGCUUCAACCUGCCUGGAAUACAAAAACAUUACUGCCAGUAAGAUACCAGUCGCUGAUGAACACUAGAUGUGUUGUAUUCAUACAGAGUAAAAUAAAUAUACAAGAAAAAUGAUGUUUAAGGUUGAUAAUGGAGGGUUUAUGAGAUGUUGUGAUUUUUCCAUCAGCAGCCAUCAGAUAAUCAAUGUUUGUUCACUUUCUGCCCGAGAGGGAGAUAAGAAGAUCAACGUCAGUCUCUCGUCGGGUGUUAAGUAGAGAGCUGGGUCAGGGUGUGGUUAGCCUAGCUUAGCAUAAAGAGGCUAGUUCACAAAAUACACCUACCAAAGCUCACUAAUCAACACUUUAUAUCUCGUGUGUUUAAUCCUUGCACAAACAGAAAAGUAAAAACGAUAGUUUUUGUGACUUUAGGGAGUUACAGUACGUGCUGGAACUAUUUCUACAUAAACAACAGUCCAGCACCGGCUGUUGCGUCCCAACAUGUAUCUGCCCCUAAAAAAUGUUUUUUUAUAUAUCUCUGUUUGUAUACCAAACAAACGAGAUUCAGACUGUUAAUCACUGAGCUUUAGAGAUGUUGGUAGGUGUUGGACAGAGCGAGGCUCCUUCCCACUGCUUCCAGUCUUUAUGCUAAGCUAAGCUAACCACAUCCUGACUCCAGGUGUGUAUUUGAGGAGUUAUGUGCUGGAACUAAUUCUUGAUGAACAACAGUCAUUGCAGUGAUGUUGUGCAGCUUUGUGACAACUUGGAUUUUAGUUGCCUGGAUACCCCCCAGAAACACCCCAACCACCAAACUCACCGAUUCGUUUCCAGUUUCGCACCACGACUCAGACGACUUCCUCUUUAUCUUCAGUCUUGUUUGUUCUUGUUUGGUUUAACAGGGUUUAUUUUCAUUCAAUGUGUAGGUUGUAUUGUUUCAGUAUGCCAGGAGAGAGACCCAAGCUGCCUGGAAAUUCUUCAUCACAAAGUUGCCACUGACUGUAUCUGGCAACCUGUGCUGUAGCUUGAGACGCUGGGUGGAUGGAUACACUGUUGUCCGUCAAGAAAUAGUUCCUUUAAUAGAAGAGCAGACUGAAUUGGGCAAGAAACAUGUAAGUGUUCAGAUCUAUAAAGGAUCAAAGUAAAUUUACCCCUUAAAGUGUCUUUAUUCCAAGCACAUUUUACCUGAGUGGGCUUUAAGUCUAUAACGCUAAUAAAACCAUCACAGAACGAUUAACAAACGUACUGAAACAGUCUGAAAAUGCACAAAGAUUAUCAAAAAGAAAACAGCAUAAAAGUUUUGAUGUGACUUUAAGAUUUGAAGUUUUUCAGCGUGUGAACUCUGUGAACACGCUAACAGAAACAUCAAACCGAGCUGCUUUUGUACUGAAAACCCAAAAAAAAAAAAAGGUUUUGAGUGCUGCAAAGAGAGGCCACUCACAAAACCGAACAACAGCAGCAGGCGCUCUCAGAUCGCCUCUUCAUGUUUGACAGUUGAUGCUUUGUAUCUGCAGAGCGGAGGUGGUAACAGUGCAUUUCUAUUUCUUAGAUAGACAGUAUCAUCAUCUCAUGGAAAAACCACUAUCAAGAUCAAAUAAAAGCAAAAAAUUAAUGAGAGACAUUUUUUUUUAUCGUUAAGUGUUUUUAGGUGUUUAGCGGCAUGCGGGAGAAAGCUGACACCCUGCUUCUUUGAUCUUUUCACAAAUAUAUAUCUACUGUACACCGUAUACUCGCUCAGACUGGAAAUACAACUGGACAGAGUCUCUAAUGAUUUACACAUCUCUGUUACACUGUCUUAGACAACAGGAAAUUACCAUAUCUUCAAUAACUUUGCUGUAAAUGUCUGUAUAUAAGAUUAAUAAAGAAAUAAACCUCAUUUCUUCUUUUUG